CGUCAUCCCCGGGCGCCGACGGCCGCCUCGGAGCCCAGCCUCCAGCCGCCGGCUGGGGGUUUGGUCCUGGUUUUGUUUUUGUUUUUUGGGACCUGCUAGUGUAGAUCAGGACAGUGUGUUGUUUAGCAGCACAGAGAGUUUUUAUGCGACAGAUCAAAACACAAUAAGCUGCAGGCUUACCUCGGGUUUUUUAUAUACGAUUAUUUUAAUUUUUAAAAUAUCAACUUGCGGAGAGGGUGCCUUCGCGACAGCGUGCGAGUGAGUGGUGGUCGGAGGACCCCCAUCUUCCACCACGUGUGUCCGGGGGGUGGCUCUCAAAUCAUGAGGGCUCCGGAACCGUCCGUCUAACCUUUAAAUCUCUCCUCUUUAACAUCUUAGAGGACUUAACAAAACUACCCUUUUCCUGGAUGCUGAUAACAUGUUUCCACGUUUUACUGGAAUCUUUUCUAGCCAAGUAUACUGUUCACUUUUAUGUCGUUUCGCGUGCACUUGUGAAAAUCAGGGAUAGGACAGAUCAUGAGCAUAUCCGAGAAGACACCUUCACAGCCAGCCCCAGAAAUGCGGGGACAACAGGACACCUCAUUACCAGCGGCCAGGAGGGGACACUGUCGCCACAAGCCACAGGUGCCCUUCGGCGCUUGCGCUGGAUCACUUUCUAAAAGGACUGCAUGCACCCACCCACCCCCUCUUCCCGCCUUACCCAGAAACAGCCUCUGUAAUCCUUACUCUAAUAAACUCCCACGUGGGACCUGCCGCGCAGCGUAACCUCCAUCGCAUAAAUCUCAACAUUUGGUCAUCUACUCCAUUACUCUGUCAUCUCCGUUCUCCUAUGGAACUUCAGGGACCACUGUUUACCACGGCCACACAUUAACUCCUGUCCAUCUCCUAUUAACAUUGGAGACCAGAUCAACUCCAGCAGGACCCUGCUUUCUUAAACUCCAGAGGACGGCAAGACCAACCACCUCGACUCCAGUUCCAGAGAAAUGAGGCUUCACUCCGGCAGCCGAACUCGACCCUACUGGAUUGGAUAGGUAUUUCUCCUCUUGCCGCUCUUGUUUGCCUCUGUCCAGGGUAACCCUUACAUAUGGAGAUUCAAGGUUCAAGAAACCCUCAUUGGUAACAAACAGUCUCUCCAAAUAGGGGCGGGAAAUUGCUCUAUGGAAGGCUGUCAGGAGCCGAUUGAAAUCGCUGUCGCCCCCAUAUCCACUCCUCCUUUCUUAUUUGAUAAAAUUUUUGUUUGCUUCCUCUUUGACCAAACAGAAAGCUAUUGCAAGGAAUGGCCAGACAGAUAUGGAGGCUGCCCGUACUGGUCUUGCCAAAUCCACUCACCAGCACAAAAGGAGCUCCUUCGCUUAUAUAGAAAGAGCCUCUUCUUCUAUAUCCAGGACCCAUGGGAUCCCAGAUGGGAAACGGGCAUUGUUGGCAAACUCUACCACCGCUACAAACCUGAACUUCCUAUAAGUACAAUCUAUAUCCAGAGAACAUACAUCCCAAUUACCCAAUCCCUGAAUAUGGGAGAAGUAGGAAACGUAAUUAAACACUCCUCCAAGGUCAUUGCCUCUUUAACAUCCCCACUCCUAAAUAAUACAAAUCUGUCAUUUCGUCUCUUACUUCAGACUCUGACCUUGGCCUACAAGCUCCUUAAUGUCACCCAACCUGGCCACUUUGGAGACUGCUGGCUGUGUGUCCCACCUGGGAGCAGCUCAGAGCUCCCACUGACAGCUUCUCCAGUGACCCUGUUAAGUAACUUUACCUCGCCAUUCACCAGCUGCCCUGACUCUGAUGUUGCCAUGACACCCCACCUUUUUCAUGUCACCCUCUUUGGCACGGCAAGCUGUUUCAAGGCCUCUGGGACACAUUCAGUGGGGACAUUAAGUUCCCUAGACUGCAACAAAACUAUAACCCUCCAUACCCCAUCUCAGCCCCAGUGCUCUACUGUUCUUAACGCCUCGAUUCUUUGUGGUACUCAGGUCUACCAUCGCCUACCCGCUGGCUGGUCAGGAGUUUGCACACUGGUGCUUCUCUUCCCCAAGUUGGGGGUGAUACAUGGAGAGGAGCCCUUACCAAUCCCGGUCGUGAACUCAGUAGCUGCCCGGCGUGAUAAGAGGGAAAUUCAAAUCCUGCCCCUCCUGGUUGCUAUAGGACUCACUGAGAGUAUUGUAACCAGGACAUCCGGACUGGCCACUUCCCUAACCUUGUAUCGCCAGUUUUCUUCCCAGUUUAUCCAGGACUUCCAGCAGGUGACUCAGAUAAUACUAACUCUUCAGGGACAGAUUGACUCCCUAGCAGCUGUGGUGCUUCAAAACCGAUGAAAGUUGGAUCUUCUCACAGCUAACGGAGCUGGCCUUUGCCUCUUCCUCCAAGAGGAAUGCUGUUUUUAUGUCAACCAAUCAGGUAUAGUAAAAAACAAAAUCCAACAACUCCAGACAGACCUCCAAAAUCAGAGGGACCAACUUGACACCUCCAGGGCAUUUGAAAACUCCAAAUGGAAAUGGAUUCUGCCCUUCCUUACUCCUCUCCUUAUCAUCUUUUUGCUUUUACUGUUUGCACCCUGCUUAAUUAACUUUUUCUCUACAUUCAUCCAACAACAAAUGCAAAAAAUCUCUAACCAAACGAUUAAUCAGUUACUGUUUCAGGAUUAUCAACUACUUGCCACAAAACCUGAUGGUGAGGACCAGCUGUAGUCCUAGAAUGACAACGUCCCUAAUCAGCAGGAAGCAGCCUGAAGAGCACGAGUCGCCCCUAUUCCCUCCUCACCAUUGCCUCUCUUCCUAGUUCAUUUUUUUAAAAUAAUAACCAAAAGUGAGGAAUGUUAGCAGUCAAGCACCUUCACAGCCAGCCCCAGAAAUCCGUGGUCAGCAGGACAUAUCACCGGCUGCCAAGAUGCAAUACUGUCGCCACAAACACG